AUGGUGGAGCGGGGAGACGCGGCGCCGCUGCUGCGCUGGGCCGAGGGCCCCGCCGUCUCCCCGCCGCAGGCCCCGGAGCCGCAGGCUGGGGGCCGGGGCUGGGGCAGCGGCGGGGGCGGCCGGCCCGCCGCGGAGCCGCCCAGGAGGCGGGGGCCCCAGGAGCUGGGCGCCUCCGAGGUGCUGCUGCAGCCCGGGCGCCUGGAGCUGGGCGACGUGGAGGAGGACCAGGUGGUGGCCGUGUUCGUGGUCACCUUCGACCCCCGCUCGGGGAACAUGGUGGAAUGGUGCUUACCUCAAGAUAUUGAUCUGGAAGGUGUUGAGUUCAAGUCUAUGGCCAGUGGGUCCCAUAAAAUUCAGUCUGACUUCAUCUAUUUCCGAAAGGGGCCAUUCUUCGGCCUGGCCUGCUUCGCCAACAUGCCCGUGGCAAGUGAGCUGGAGCGUGGUGCACGGAUGAAGUCUGUGGGCAUCCUGUCUCCGUCCUACACCCUGCUUUACCGCUACAUGCACUUCUUGGAGAACCAGGUUCGGCACCAGCUGGAGACGCCUGGACAUUACUCUCAUCUGGCCGCAUUCUAUGAGGACAAGAAAGGGGUGCUCCACGCCGGUCCGGGGAGAGGCGGCAGCCUGCCCCCUGUCUACUGGCUGCCUUCCAUCCACCGAUACAUGUACCCGGAGAUGAAGAUCACUCACCCAGCCGGCUGCAUGUCUCAGUUUAUCAAGUUCUUUGGAGAACAGAUCCUUAUCCUUUGGAAAUUUGCCUUACUUCGAAAGCGCAUUUUGAUAUUUUCUCCGCCUCCUGUGGGUGUUGUAUGUUAUAGAGUGUACUGCUGCUGCUGCCUGGCCAACGUCUCCCUGCCUGGCAUUGGGGGCACCAUUCCCGAGUCCAAGCCUUUCUUCUAUGUGAACGUGGCUGACAUCGAGAGCCUGGAGGUAGAGGUGUCCUAUGUGGCCUGCACCACGGAGAAGAUUUUCGAGGAGAAGCGGGAGCUGUAUGACGUCUACGUGGAUAACCAGAACGUGAAGACACACCAUGACCACCUGCAGCCCUUGCUGAAGAUCAACAGCGCCGACCGCGAGAAGUACCGGCGGCUCAACGAGCAGAGGCAGAUGCUGCUCUACUCCCAGGAACUGGAAGAAGACUAUACCCCCUGUGAGGAGGACCUCUUUGUGCUGUUUUUCCUAGAGCAGAACAACCGGAUAUUUCAGACUCUGUUGGAGGUGUCCGCCAGUCAAGACAAAACUCUGACCGCUGAGCACGCCCGGGGCAUGGGUCUAGACCCCCAAGGUGACCGGAGCUUCUUAAUGGACCUGCUGGAGGCCUAUGGCAUCGACGUCAUGUUGGUCAUUGACAACCCCUGUUGCCCAUAGGAAGAGUGAGCCCAGACCGUGGUAAGAUGAGACCACCUUGGUUUUGUGCCCUGCCCUGGUACCAUGUUGGAACCGACCACUUUCUCCCAGAGCUGCUGCCUGGGUUUGGUCAGAGGCGUUUUCUGCAUAGCUUCUCUUGUGUCCUGGUUGAGUGACUUGAGGGAACGUGGUGAAGGCCGUCUGUCACUGGGAGCGGGCUGAGCUUCGGAAACACCGGGGUGGACUGUUAGAAAGUCUCCACGAGUUUCAUCCCUUGCAGUUCUCUGUCCAGUGUGGCCUGUGGACGUGCAUCUCUUAAAGGUGGAAGCUAGACCUCAUGACCUUCCAAGGUGUUUGAUCAGUUCUGGGAGUCCAGUGUUGGGGUCAGAUCCCUUUUCCUGUUCCCUGGGGCAAAUCUGUGUCUUUUCUGUCCAUGUGAGUUGAGCCCUCAAAAAGGAGCAAGACACUGUUUCCGUCACUAAGCGUGAGCUUCUCUGGGCACAGAAUGACAGGAAGAGGUUUCUUACCAGCCAGCUGAAAACUAAAAUUGUAGAAUGAGGCAUUGAAACUUUCCUCAAAGUAAUGAACGGUGGCCACUCAGUGUAAAACUCCUUUCUCUGCACCGCCCCCCCCCCCCCCCCCCCCNUCCCCCCCAGGGUGGCCCUGGAGCUGGCAAGCAAAUUCAUUUCACAAUUUCGUUUCCUUUAAGGGCUAACUUUGCUCUUAGAGUGAUUUAGGUAUUUUUAAAGAGUAAUAUUUGUUCCCACCAAAGGUAGAGCAGUUGGGGUUCAAACAGGAUGGAAAGAAGAUGUUUCUCCAUCUGAGAGUUCUCUGGACAUGUCACCGGCAGAACCUCGGCAUCAAAACGGAGAUUCGCUGGAGUCCGUAAUCCAGCAGGGAUCUGGGCUGGUCACUCAGAGUUUGGAGCAUGGGAACAUGACUGUGUACGAGUUUGGAGCCCUCACAAACCAAGUUCUUGUCAGCAGAGUUGACAUUCCUUGAGCUAAGUAGUUGGGCCAGAGAUGGCUGGAUUGGUUGGAAUUUGACAGCCCAGGGAAGGGCUUGGAACCCCCGAGCGUCAGUGAGGAGUUCACCUGCGCCCCCCUGACAUGUUUCGGUCUGGGACGGCGCCUGUGGGUCCCUGGCUGUCCUCUUCGGCUCUGCCUUCCAGGGAUGCCAACUUAGGUGAGACCGUAGGUGUUUGAAGCCAGCUCCUAUGAGAAGAGUUGAGGGCUUUUUUGACCAUCCUUGAGGAUUUUGUCUUAGGCUCCUGGGUUUUGGUGACAGCUUCUUCCUUUUUGAUCUUCUUCCCCGGCUCCGUUAUCGGAAUGGCCAUCCAGGUAUCAAUGUCUGUGACCAGGGUCCAGCCAGGCUACAACACACAGCAGAGAAAUAACUCUCAAAUGGAUGGAACACAGGUCUUAGAGCUUUUUAGGGCUCACUGCUUUAUUCAAAAAUAUUUUCACUAUAGUUCCGCGACAGGGGAUUCAAGACUAAAGAAACUCACGUGUAAAAAUGCAAAUACAUAUUGAUUAAUCAAAGUAGGGUCUUUUAUGUAAAUAUAUAAAUAAGUUUGGGCAUUGAAAUGUAAACUGUACAACGAAUACACUUUUCUCCUCUGCAGUGUGGAUUUAGCCAUUUCAGCGAUAUAGAUGUUUACAAAAAAGCUUCGCCGCCUCUUUCCUUGAAGAGCAACCCUCUCUUGUCUCUGGGGAAGGAGUGGCCUUUCUGACUUGGGUCAAAGAAUGAUGACUUUUAGCGGUGUCUGAAGGCUCAAGGUUUUGUAAGUUAAGGGGUGGUCCAACCAAAGCGGGAAGGGUCGGAUUCUCUUAGUGGACAUAGGCCCCCUUCCUCUGGGAUUGAGGGGUUUGUUGGAAGAGGACUAUCUUUAAGCACGUCCGUCCCCGCGCCCUUCUGCAUGCAAACCCUUGUGUUUCUGUGGAAUUCUAUGGAACUCCAGGCUCCUAAAUGCUCACGUAAAGGUCGUAAGGUGAAAUAAGUUUCCUGUACUUCCCUCUGAAUGGUGGGUUGGGUAAACUCUUCCAGGCGGCUGUGUGCGGUCCCCUCGCGCUCGUGCAGGGCGCCGGGGCCUGGGUGCGGAGGGGCAUACACGAGUGAGCCUCGGCGCGGCUGACCCCAAAACAGAACUUGCCCCCGUCCCAUCCCGUAUUCCGUUUAUGAGGGAACCCAGCCGCCCUUCCCUUGCCAGCCUCCUCCUCGGCCAGAACCCAGCACAGCGCCGCCUCUGGCGGGCUGGGCAACAGGCCACGUGGCGCUCUAGUCACUGUAACACAGAGCCACUUGUUCCUGAGGUCACCUUUGGAAGGCUCUCUUUGUACCUGCCUCUGCUCCCAGCCCCCCGCCCUCUCCCCAGUGUCUCCAGAUAGCGGCACCACCCAGCGUCGUUCGCUGCCCCGUCCAACCUUUCUGCUUUUGGUCAGAGGACAUGGGUCCACAUGCUUCUUCACCACUUCAUAGAUCAAUAAGCUCUGGAGGUGCAGGAUCGUUAACCACAGACUCCUUGGGCAGAGUUGGAAGCCGGGGGUGGGGUGGCUGGACCCAUGAGAGCCUUCUGCCCUUCUCAGCUGUGGAACCUCACCCCUCCCCUGCCUCAUCUCAGCUGGCUUGGUCCUCUGCGAACUUUCAGUUCGAGCUGCUAAUGCCGUGCCGUGAGCCAUGUGCUCACCUGAGACACCCGGGCUGCUGCUGUUGUGGGACCAGAUCCAGGCCCGAGGUUUACUGAUGUCCCACCAAAUGUGACAAAGCCCCAUUAAGGUGGGUUUUUUCGAUUCUGCAGCGUCGGCAGAUGGUAAAAGUCAGCCUUGGAGAAGAUGUCCAGUGGCGUGCUGACUUAGGAUUCUUCUUCAGGAGUCAGAAAUGGUGGGAUUGAUCUACGAGACCAAAAAGUGUGAGCUAAACAAUUUGUUUAGAAUUAACUAUGCUUUAAUCAAGCACGAAGCACUCCUGAGGCUCAGUGUCGAUCUGUUCCUGUAUGGUUGUGCCACCUGGGGCUUUGCACAGUCCUCGGGCAACAGGACGGCCAUGAGUCAGAGGGCACUCGCCUCCCACAGCUGCCAUCCGGCUCUUCUUCCAUUUGACCAGGGGGAGGGGGGCUGAGGUCACUGGUAGCGACAGAAGUAAUCUGGCCCAGACCUUGCAUCCAUAACUUACCUUGUUUUGCUCCCCGUGAAAAUCAAGAUGGGAAACUGAAGUGUAGCACAGGGCACAGAUCAUUCUAAAUAUCACCUGAGAAGACUCAUUUAUCAGUGUAACUCCCUGAUAUUUUAGCUGGAAGAUAAAGGCAAAGGUAAAUCAGAGCUGAAUCGCUGUUUUUCAUUCCGGUGGCUACGAGAACGGGCUUGCUAUUUGUCUUGAUACACUGAAAGCCCUUCCAACACAGUAAAAGGUGAGAUUAUUCACCUUUUAACCGAGGCCUUUUAGGGAAGCUUCUGUAAAGGGCAGUCACGAAUUAACUUUUUAAUGGUAGGACGCAACCCUCUGGGAAGAGGCAGGGACCUCAGGGACCCUUUGGUUCCCCCCCCCCCCCCCGAAACGGCAUAGCCCCGGGAAUGGAUUGAGUGGCUUUCUCCAGUCCCCGUACUUACUUGCAAAGGUAAAGGAGCAGGAGGGCAUCGAAUAAAAUUGUAAGAUGAUGAUCAGCUUGACAGUGACAAUCCUUUGUGGGAUACCAGUUCUGAAACGGGCAGGGUAGUCAACGUAGGAGCCCACGUGGCAUGUGGGGACUUUUACCUCCAUGUCAGGUCCCUCGCUAGUGGGCUCAGAAUCUGUGGGGUCCAGCCCCAGGGUCUUCACACUGCACUCCGUGCCCUGCAGCGAGGCUCCUGCAGAGCCGGGGGCUCACCUCAGCCCGCCCCCACCUGCCCCUCCUCAGCCUCAGGAAGACCCUUGUCUGAUUCCAGGUCGGGGCAGAGAAGGUCAAGGGCUCCUCUUACUCUCGAGUCUUGGGUUUCGAAGACUCCAUCUGAUGGCGAAUAUACCUCUGUUCCCGGGAGCUGCUCGGGCACUGAGUGUUGGGGGAGAGGCUAACUGUGAAUUAAGUUACUGCUUUUCGUAUGAGAAAUGGGAGUUUAUUUUUAUACUGAUAUUACUAUGUGAUAAGUGUGCAGAUGUGGAAAUGGAAGAAAAUUUCAAAACCAGAAUCAUGGAAGGACAGGAAGUUUUGUAAUUUGGAAGCAACUGAAACCCCGCAGAAGUGUCAUUACUUGUCUUUGAGUGUGAAUACGGACGCUGUGCUCUGAAGUCUUAGCCACGUGGGAGGUGAGCGGGAGGGAGGGUCCUCACGAGGAUGAUCGGCACCGACCCUCAGCAAAACCCUUGUACAAAAGGUGUAAACGUGAGGGGGCUGAUUGGCAGACCUCUUCCUGGAGUCGCGUGGUCUUCUGCCUGGCACUUUAAUUCUUUCUGGAGCCACAGGACGGGGGCACUUGGGUGAAACUGCACAUUUAGAAAGGAAAUAUGAAUUUUCUAGUGAUUACAAGUUAUGAUGGGGGGGAACCCUCUCUAGAGUUAUUCUAGAAGCUCAGUGUAGCAUGGGCUUUUAGCAGUAACAUAAUCUAAAUUCAGAAAAUUUAUUUACUUACCGUAGUGUAAGGAUAGGUGUGAAUUACUUACGUUUGCUGUAGAAGGCGUGGUUAGACUAACAGUAUGUUUCCUCUGCUUUCUAAGGACAGCUGGGGAACCGCAGGGGUAGGUAGGGCCUUAGAAAUUAGCCAGGGAUGGACCACAAAAUGAAAAAUCCACAGAGGGGCCAUGGUGUUAGCUGGUUGCAAGUAUAUUUCAUUGACGUUGGAGUGAAAACUUCCUUAGGCCAAAUCAAGCGAAGAUUAAAAAAAAAAGUAAA